AUGAAAAAGCUAUACCCAAACACCGUUCAGGAGUCUUCUCACCUCCGCGAACUUCAUGCCACGUUCAUUGAUGAAGCUUUGAGUGUACUGAAGCCUCGCACAAAUGGUGACCGCCGCUACUUUGCGAAUUUGACAGAAAUAAUGGGUGAAGCGAGGCGUCUAGGUAAUAUGGUUGUCGCGUCUGAACGCUGUGCAGAGUACUGGGUGCAUACAGCUGUCGAACAACAUGUGAUGGAGAUUCUCGCAAAGAUAUGCGAAUUACCAGAAGCUCGGGAGCAAACAAAGGUCGAGCACAAGAUUCGCUCUAUGAAUCACGAGAGGCAACUGAAGGAAUCUGAAAUGGCUUCUCAGCCACCCCGUACACCAUCUCCACCACGAUCAGCUCUAGGAGAACCUACAAACCAUGCCAACGCUCGCAAAUCUUCUAAUCAGGCUCAAGGAACAGCCUAUGUUGCUUCAGAUCAGAUAUGCGUGAAGAAAUUUGCUGAUGAACAGAAUGGGCUAAUGUUCGUCAUGGAGUAUAAGCCGCCUCAUAAGGUGACUGCCAAUGUCCUUCGACGGGGCCUCCUCAAGCUCCAGCACAUCAAGCCAGAGAUUCUCGAUAAUGUCAAGCUACCGCCUCGGGGUUCCAAGAAGCGACUGCUUGAAGAGACAGGGGAGGAAUUCGACUCUCGCGCUCAUCAAAUUGUUGCACUAACUCUGACGCAGAUCUACGAUAAGAUGGUAAAUGCUCGGGUGAAAUAUUCCUACCUCACAACAGGUCAGGCUUAUAUCUGGCUGCAGGUUCCAAAAGAUCAGCCAACCACGCUGAAUUGGUAUUUGAGUGUGCCAGGGGAACUGCCUCGCAGCGCCGAACCUGGUUUCGAGCUUUGUAAAACUGCAUACGACGCGAAUGAUCAAUUGGAAAAUAUUCCCGAAAGUGCCGAAAAACCAGAGCUCCACUUGCCAUGGCCCGGGUCAAACUCUCGGAAGCGAGUCAAAGGCAGCAGUGGUGGCUGCAACGAUAGCCAAGCCACAGUAAGAGACCCGGAGGAUCCUGAUGAUGGGCCAAAAAGGACGCCCAACAAAUUCCGCGAGGGGUCAGCUUCUUUGGGGACGCGAUGGAAUGAUCGGAGGAAAAAGUCGAAUUCAGAGACAGCUGUAAAUCAGCAGCAGCAGCAUACCAAACAACGAUCAAUGGAAAAUGCGGCAUACUGCACACAGGCUUGUCUUCAAGGGCUAGCUUUCGGACUUCCUGCCGAUCGCACUUGUCCGAACUUCGCUCUACACCAUGCUACAGAGUCACAACAACACUCCAUUUCCGCGCCGCAGCUCGUCCGCCUGCUCUACUUACAACUCAAAGACAAUCCUGAUGCUGGUUGCUACGAACUCGGCAUCAAGGGUGCUUGCGGGUAUCUGUUCAAAAUGGCCCUCCUCUCACAUGGCUAUGUCUUUGUCGGUAAAGGCACGAUUGAGGAGCUCCUCGCACCUCUAUUCCACGAAGCACGUAUCUACAGACAUCUCGCGUCGCUCCAAGGGCGCGUUGUGCCAAUUUACCUCGGAGAUUUCGCUUCAUACCACCGCUUCCGCAUCGGAGUCGGGAUCGACCAAAUCUGCCAUUUUCUGCUCCUCUCUUAUGCGGGGGAGCCUCUAGAAAAUCCUUGCGACGUAUACACUUCGGAAGUACGGGAUCUCGUGGCAAUGAUACGCAAGAAAGGCGUAAUUCAUGAUGAUGUCGAGUCCCGCAACGUGCUCUGGAAUGAGCAAGAGCAGAGGAUGCUGGUGAUUGACUUCUCCCACUCCCGAAUCGUACCUGCGGACUUUGAUAAGGCAAGGGAACAGCAGAGCAAGACGAGGAAAUUGCCGUUGCAGGAGAGUAGUCCGAACAAGAAGAUGAAGUCCGAGACUGGGAGGGCCGACGGCAAAGUCGGGACAGGCGUGAUCAUGCGGAGGUCUCAACGCCUUAAGGUCGCGGCUUGA